CAAGAGGGAAUAGCAUUCCUGUCCUAUAAGAGUAGUGAAACCCACUAAAAUGAGGAAUUUGCAUGCCGAAGAAGUGCUAAAUGGAUUAUACAGUGAUACUGCACACUUGAGCUCCUCUGCCAUUGUGUUCAUUGGCCCUGAGGCAUAAGCUUAUUUUUAGCACAUUCAGAGCGGGAAUAAGGAAGGGUUAUAAUCAUGUAUCAUAAAAUACAGAUCACCUUACACGCACUGAGGCUUGUGACUGUAAUGAACAGGGUAACAGAUGGCGUGCCUACUAGCAUGUUGUGCAUCUUUGAUCCACUCCAGCAAAACGAAUGGGCUUUAUUUAAAGCUCCACAAUUUCACAUAACAGAGCACACGACUUAUCACGUCUUAUCAGUCAUUAACUGCAAAAGUCAGCACAUUUUAAUCCGCAAAAGGGACCCCCACCCAAACAAUGACUGGAAGGUGAAUAUGUUCUUUGAAACUGACCCAAUUUCCUUGCAUCCCGAGAGACGAACGCCUCUUGGAUGCAACCAAUGGGAUGCACUCACCAGACGCUUCAUUAAGUACACCUGCACAAUAUAAAAAAAUCUGACUUGACCGAAAUAGUCAGCUGAUUUCAAACUUUAUUUAAAUUUAUUUUGUAACAGCACCAAGUUUCAUCACGUUAUGACAUUUUUCCUCGUUAAGUAACUUUCACAGUACCUUUACAUUCAAUGUCUUCAACAAGGAGGAUGGCCAACGGGAUAUAUUGGGAUCUUCUACAACCAUACAUUUCUAGUUUAAAAAUAUGUGUAUUAUUUUUGUUGUAGUAUGAGGAGGUUUUGUAACAUACUGACAGCAACUUUGAGUAUUAUGUUCCUCUCAUGAAGCUAAUGAAGGACAUACUCUCACUGAUUCUUCCACCCUGGCCCCCACCAAUGUGUACUCAUUUGCGUUUUGGUUACAUCAUUUUUGCUCUAUUGCAGCAACUUUCCAGAUUUUGAGCUGUUCUGCUUAUUUAUUGUGCAAAGUGGUGGUAAGAUCCAUCACUGGUAGGCGGUACAAUUGCAGUAACCGGAGGUGUGGACAUGAGGUGAGUCAUGCAACUCGGACAAAGUCAGACUUGACUCACAAUUUUGAUGACUUUGGACUCGACAAUAUCAUCAAAGACUUGCAACUUGACUUGGGCAUCAAUGAAAAUAUGUGAGAUUUUCAGUAAGUUUGUUGAGUAAAAUGUGUCCCCGUUCAAAGUGUUUAACUAAUGUGAUCAUUUCCAGCAGCCCAUUUUCCUGCAGAAUCUGCCUCAAUGAAUGCAUCUGUUAACAUCCAAUCGGGUUUAAGAACAAACAACAAAUGUGUAACAUUUCCGUGCACUAACUAAAUCCUGAAUGCUGUGUUGGCACUCUUUUUCUUGGACUAAUUUUAUUUGAAGAUUAAAAUUGGUAAACACUAAACAGUGCUUAAGGAGUCAAACGUCCAGUCUAUGACUUGAGACUUGACUUCGUAUUUGCUUUGGACUUGCACGUCUUCACUUGAGAUUAAAGAUUUGAGACUUUCAGACUGGCGCACGGUGGCCUCGUGGUUAGCAUGUUGGCCAGAUCUGGGUUUGAAUCUCCUUUGGGCAUCGCUGUGGAGUUUGCAUGUCCUCCCUGUGCGUGCGUGCGUGCGUGCGUGCGUGCGUGGGUUUUCUCUGGGUACAUUCCAAAAACAUGCGUGUUAGGUUAAUUGGCGCCUCUAAAUUGUCCAUAGGUAUGAACGUGAGUGUGAAUGAUUGAUUUUCUAUACAUGCCCUACGAUUGACUGGCGACCAGUCCAGGGUGUACCCUGCCUCUUGCCCAAAGUCAGCUGGGAUAGGCUCCAGCAUACCCCCACGACCCUGAUGAGGAUAAGCGGCAUAGAAAAUAGGUGGAUGGAUGGAGACUUGAGAUUUGCAAAACACUGACUUCUCCCACCUCUGGUAGUAACUAUAUGACAUGUAAGUUGCACGGCCCGUCUCUGAGCAUGCGGCAUUGUGGAUUAUUAUGAGUCUUCAUGUAUUUCUGUUGUGCAUUGUGGCAGCAUAAAUAACUGGUGGUAGUUGGAAUUGUACGGCACAUGCGUGCAUGGGAAAGUGUGCCAGUCACACUAGUCCUACACAGCGGACUUGAGGCAUGACAUGGAAACCCAACAUUUAUGACCUCAUGAUGACAUCUUCACAGCAAGCAGUCUUUGGCUUGUUUAGUUGCCCUGAUGCGGUUCUGCCAUUAAUCUGUCCACAUUUCCUAAAAAGAACCUGAGCCGUCCCCUGUUGUCCUGACGCUUGUCCCCUCCACAUCAAAGCGGUGUUGGCCCAAUGUGAUGAUGCCAACCAACCAGGUGAAUCAACCAUGUGCGGCGAGGCAGGGACUCGUGGGCAUCCUGUUUCUCUGAGUUAUGUGAUAGCCCGAGUUUCAUUGCGUGUGUCCGUGCACUCCGACUUAAGGUCUCGAGGCGAGCGAAUGGAUCAGUGCUGUGACAUCUUCAUGUGAGGAAUCAUGUAGGUCACAGGUUACAUGUUGUUUCUUCUCUCUCCCAUUUGGUCAAGAUGAUCCAAAUACUCUGCCUGGCCAUGCUGCUACCUGCAGGUAAAAAUGAAGCCUUUAUUCUAUGUAAGGAAAAUUUGUUUUUAUUGCAACUCUUUCCUCUUUACAACUGACUGGAACUUUUUACUUGCACUUAUUUUUGUGCAUAUUGAUUGCUUCUGCUUGUUUGUGAAUAUCCCUGUUGCAUGUGUGAUGUCACCAUAUCGCUCUAGUGCCUCUUUUUUUCAGAUUCAGAUCAAGGUGAUGUUAAAAUAUUUACAAGCAUCAUAACAUCUUAAUAACAGUCAACAGCCUUGGGGUUUGUGCAGAAACUGUCCUACAUAAAGUAAAUAAGUGCUUUACUUGGUAUUUGAAGUUAUAUGUUAACAUUUCUGCAACAUUUUUGCAACAUUUUGACCAACCAAUCUGCAGGUCUUUUGUUCAAAAGGUGAAUAUAAUGAAAGGUAAGCUCCUAUUUGUACCUGCAGUGGUCCACUCAGCGCAGGGUCACUAUGCCCACAAGCUCCUCAGCGAUUUGAUGGAGAACUAUUCCAGCGCCCUGCGGCCCGUGGAGGACACAGACCGAGCACUUAACGUCACUUUGCAGAUCACGCUCUCUCAGAUCAAAGAUAUGGAUGAGCGGAACCAGGUGUUGGUGGCCUACCUGUGGAUAAGACAGAAGUGGCAUGACGCUUACCUGAAGUGGAAUAAAGAGGACUACGACGGACUAGAGAUCAUUCACAUCCCCAGCAACCUCGUAUGGAGGCCCGACCUCGUCCUCUAUAACAAAGCUGACGACGCACUGUCUGGGCCCAUGGACACCAAUGUGAAGCUGCGCUACAACGGAGAGAUCACCUGGGACGCUCCCGCCAUCACCAAGAGCUCCUGCGUGGUGGACGUCUCCUACUUCCCCUUUGACAGCCAGCAAUGUAACCUGACCUUUGGAUCCUGGACCUACAAUGGAAACCAGGUGGACAUCUUUAUGGGCAUGGACAGCGGCGACCUGUCUGACUUUGUGGAAAACGUGGAGUGGGAGUGCCACGGCAUGCCGGCCACCAAGAACGUCAUCAUGUACGGCUGCUGCUCAGACCCCUAUCCCGACAUCACCUACACCGUGCUCCUGCAGCGCCGUUCCUCCUUCUACAUCUUCAACCUUCUCCUGCCGUGCUUCCUCAUCUCCUUCUUGGCUCCUCUGGGAUUCUACCUGCCCGCAGACUCCGGGGAGAAGGUUUCCCUGGGGGUGACGGUGCUUCUGGCUCUCACUGUGUUUCAGCUCAUGGUGGCCGAGAGUAUGCCUCCCUCGGAGAGUGUGCCUCUUAUAGGCAAGUACUAUAUCGCCACCAUGACCAUGGUCACAGCCUCCACAUCUCUCACCAUCUUCAUCAUGAACAUCCACUUCUGUGGUGCUGAGGCCAAACCAGUUCCCCACUGGGCCAAAGUCCUCAUCAUUGACUACAUGUCCAAGAUCUUCUGUGUGUAUGAGGUGGGCGAGAACUGUGCCUCCUCCUCCUCGUCCUCUCCUCCAUCCGCUCACUCAGUCCAGGAUACUGUCACUCACAAGUACUUCACUCCUCAUAGUCAGGCAAAUGGCCAAGCUGGUCGGGAGAAGCAACAGGGCCAUAAGAACCCCAGACCCCAGACCCCUAAACCGCAACAACAUCCCAGAAUCAAAACCGACCAACACCUCACCAGAGCGGAGAGGAGUCUCUUGUCCACCUUUCCACUCGGGAAGUAUGAAAGCUCCAAUGGGAAGGUUCCAGCAGGGGACCGAUGUAAAGAACACCAAAAGGUUCCGUGUUGCGCUGGUGACAAAAAUCCACCCUGCUGCCCAGAGGACAAAAAGCCUGUAGCCCCAGGCUCUGUGGUGACAUUUGGCCCAUGUGUGUUAUGUCACCAUGACAACGGCAUCCCCGGCGGUGACCCCAAGCUCGUGCGCAACGUCGAGUACAUUGCAAAUUGUUUCCGAGAGCAGAGGGCCACGUGCGCCAAGGGGGCAGAGUGGAAGAAGAUUGCUAAAGUGAUGGACAGGUUCUUCAUGUGGGUCUUCUUCAUCAUGGUGUUCCUCAUGAGCAUCCUCGUCAUUGGGAAGGCCCCGUGACCUGUUAGGACCGGCUCUUUUAGCAGGGUGUUAGGAAUGGAAUAUUUUCCCACUCGGAUAUUCUUGUCUACAACAGAGAGAUAACACAAUUCCAAAGGCACCCUGUUGUUUUUAAGUACGGUAAUCUCAAACACACAGAGUUUCAUUAUGAGUCCCCCUUCUGCCGCCAGAUCAGACCAAUGCAGUUGACGGGAUGUUUCCUGAUCAUUGGGACCACCUCCACAGCAGACAUAUGAGGAAGACGAACUUCACUUCAGCUCGCACCUUUCUAAACCUUGGUUGGUGGGCUGAUCGUUCUCUCCAGC